GCAAUCCAGUGCCUCCCAUCCUGCCUCAAGAGGACCAAGGGAGUUCAAGGCCACAAAGAGAGGUCCGGCUGGCACAGCGGGCCUUGGAAAGCUAUGAUGCUGAGAAGCAGGACCUUGAUGCCAGGAUACAAAGGGCAUGGGACCAGGUUGAAGCAGAUAUAUCUGAAGCUCAAAACGCCCCAUACACAGUGGCCUCAAUUCAGCGGGUGAUAAAGCGAGUGAAGCCCACCCCGCAGGGUCCUGUUAAUAUGAAGGCAGUGCUACAAGACGCAAUGGACCGCGUGGAGGGCUUAAGAGAGACACGAUCUCAGCACUCUGUCUCAUCUAAGUCCACCACAAGAUCUAAAGGCUCAGCACACUCACAGAUAUCAUCUACUAGUAUGGCAGCAGCUCAGUGAUCUUUGGACGAGAGCUAUUGUCAGGGCAAUGGACAUCAAGAUCAAGAUAUUUGUUCUCCUCGCUCUGGUGGUAAUCGUCAUGGUGUAUUUUUCCAGCAACCUCAAGAUGUUGUUAAAGAUUGACGAGGGCAUGCCUGUGGUCUACUCCUGUCGUGCAAGUUUAUACGAGAUGAUGUUAAAAAAUAAACCGAAGGUCAUUGCUCGCCCAAUCGCGGACAUGACCUUCGUCUCAUCAGCCUCCAACAGCAUUGCCAGGGUUAUGAAUGGCAACAGGACGCGACCGCUCAGCGUGGGUGACACGCUGCUCGUCGAAGUCAAGGUGCGAGACUUCGCCGGGCGCCCCAAGCACCAUGGCGGGGACUUCCUGCUCGCCAGGCUCUCAAACGUGCAGCUCGACGCGGCCGCCUCCGGCGCGGUGACCGAUCACGGCGAUGGCACAUAUCUCGUGGCCUUCCGCAUCUCAUGGCCAGGCGAGAGCCACGCCGAGGUGGUGCUCGUCCACUCGAGCAAGGCGGUCGCGGCGCUGGAGAGGGUGCGCGAGGCCGUGCCUGACAAGAUCGGCUUCUGGGGCUCGUUUGUGUCCGGCCGACGCGAGGAGCGGUCUGUCUGCCACGUGUCCCUGAACGCAACGGCAGGUGGCCGGCUCUGCGACUUCGGCGACGCAGAGCGCGGCGAGGCGUGGCGGUGCGCGAGGCCGAGGGGGAUGCCCUGCAGUGCCCUCCGGGGCUACGUGUCGUACACCAAGUACGCGCACAUGUUCACGAGUGAGGAGUGCCAGCUCUUCUCGAG